AUGCAGGCAGUUGAAGACAAGGCCGUCUUGUCCGUAGACGGCGAGAAGCCGUUCUACAAGAACAAGAAUCUACUCCGGCUCUACCUUCAGAUGAUUCCGGGGACACUGAUUGUCAGCGCCACCAUGGGCUACGAUGGUUCCAUGAUGAACGGCAUCCAGGCUGUUGACCGCUGGAACAUCUACUUCGGAUAUCCUACAGGAUCUCUGCUAGGAAUCAUGAACGCUAUUUUGCCCCUGGGAGCUGUCUUCGGUAUUCCACUUGCCGCAUAUAUCUCUGAUCACUACGGUCGACGAUGGGCUAUGACUGCGGGUGACAUUAUCAUGAUCAUCGGAGCCAUAAUCCAGACUAGUAGCAUCAACAUUGCCAUGUUCCUUGUUUCGCGAUUCGUCAUCGGCUUCGGUCUCACAAUUGCCGGCUCCUCCGCUCCAAUGCUGACGGCCGAGCUGGCACAUCCGACCUCUCGCACCACCAUCACCUCCAUGUACAACACACUAUGGUACGUGGGCAGCAUCAUCGCCGCCUGGGUGACGUAUGGGACGUUCCGAAUCAACAACGACUGGUCCUGGCGCAUCCCGGCCCUUCUUCAGAUGAUCCCGUCCAUUAUCAACAUCGCUGGCGUGUGGUUCCUGCCCGAGUCUCCGCGUUGGCUCAUCGGCAACGAGCGCUACGACGAGGCCAAGCAAAUCUUAAUCGACACUCACGGUGAGGGCGAUCCCAACUCAGAGCUCGUUAGACUCGAGUUCGAAGAGAUCCGAGCCGCCAUCCAGGCCGAGAUGGCACUCGGCAAACAAUCUUGGGGCCAGCUUUUCAACAGCCCCGGCAACCGCUACCGUACAUUCCUCGUCCUCUGCUGCGCUUACUUCCCGCAGUGGUCUGGAUCCGGUCUGGUUUCUUAUUACCUCGCCCCUGUUUUGCGCACAAUCGGCAUUACCUCGCAAGAGCGCAUCACCUUGAUCAAUGGCAUCAUCCAGAUUUGGAACAUGAUUGUCUCCAUGAUCGGUGCCAACCUGGUUAACCGCCUCGGCCGCCGUGUUAUCUUUGUCAGCUCCACCAGCCUGAUGCUACUUGCCAUGAUCUCAUGGACCAUCUCCGGAAGCCAGUACACUAUGCACGGGUCUGGGGCCGCUGGCAGCGCUGUUCUGUUCUCCCUCAUUUUCUUCAUGUCCGCCUACAACUUCUGCUGGAACCCCUUGUCCGUGGCCUACCCCGUCGAGAUCCUGACGUUUCCCAUCCGCGCCAAGGGUGUCUCUCUGCUGGUCGGAGCUGUCAAGAGUGCAAGCUUCUUUAACCAGUUUGUGAACCCAAUCGGCCUUGAGAAACUGCAAUGGAAGUUUUACAUUGUUUAUUGCUCCUGGCUGGGUCUUGUAUUGGCCGUCGUCUUCUUCCUCUUCCCCGAAACCAAGGGCCGUACUCUCGAGGAGAUUGCCGUAAUUUUCGACAAGGACUUUUACAAGACUGAAGAUGUCGAGAAGACCGUGCUGGAGGACGACAAGUCCAGCGAGAAGAACGGCAACCUCACCGUCGAGACAAGGGAGAAGAUCUAA